UUGUCAAGGAUCAUCAUCAUCACCAGCGACACCGCACCAGUGUAUAAUAGUACAGCCAUUUCAUCCUAUGGUACCUUUAUCUUCAAUCGUGUAAUCGCCUAGGCAUAGUAUCAUGCUCGCCCCUUCCAGAAACCACAGAGCAGAGGCAAAGUUUAACGUUGCUACUGAAUUCCCACAUCUGGGACUUCAUUCAGCUGCUGCAUCAGGCGACAUCGGACUAGUUCAAUUUGCUCUCAAUCAUGGUCAACCAGUAAACUCUGUCUUAGACGGCGUUCUACCUUUACACGCUGCUUGUGCAGGUGGUAAUGAUCUCGUAGUCGAUCUUCUCAUCAAAUACGGAGCAGACGUCAAUGCAUCGAGACUUCCCCGCAGAUACUCUGAUCGCAGCCGUGACUCUGCCGCCGCUCCUAUAGUUGGUACUUCUGGUGCAACCCCACUUCACUUCGCUGCUGCAAAUGGUCAUGCAAGCGUCGUUCGCACCCUUCUUAUGCAUGGUGCCCAUCCUAAUCGUCCAGAUAAGCACGGUAUCACCCCUGAAAUCAUUGCCCGUCAGAACGGGUGGAUUGAGUGCGCUGAUAUCCUCGCAAGCGAGAUGCUUGCACGUGCACGCGGUGAAAAUACACCUGAUAGCGACAGUCAUUCUUCUAGGGAACGACACCAUCCUUGUAUCGAGCACGUGGAGUCUUCCUUCAGGAAGAAGCUCCAUUUCAAACGCUCUAUUGACCACGCUCUCACCGCACUCAAGCCUGCAAGUGCCACCCCUGAUAUCGAUCAAAAACCACACAUUGUGCGCUCAGGUUCCUCUGAACAAGACAUCUUACAACCUCAAGGCUCGCCUUCAUCUGGUCGCCGCCCAUCUCUCCCUCAUAUUUACGACGAACAACCCCAGCGCCCUUCACCACCAAAAGCAUCACGUCGCCCGAGAUCGGCAGGCACAGGCGCCGAGGCUACCAUUCCCCGCAAACUAAACUCAAAGUUGUCACUCCUCAGCCUGUUCAAGAAAUCAAAUGUAGACGCUUCUUCGUCAAGCGUUACCUCCGUCUCAGAACCCCCGAUCAGUUCCCCUUCUUCUUCAUCGCCCGUUCCUGUCCCUGGGACUGCAUCACCUGCGGCAAUAAUAUCUUCCCCACGCCUCUUCCCCACACAACUUUCGUCAUCUCCGCAGGAGACACCCACACAUGACAUCCACCGCCGUAGGCUAGAAACUAAUUCCACGCGCGCUUCCCCCGAUCCAAAUCCAUGGCAUCGUUCUACCAGUUCAUCGUCCACACUUGGCGAAGAAAUAUCGCCUGAGCUAACAGCCCCUGUGAGACCGGGCAUAUUGCGCAUGCACACACGGUCAAUUUCAGGCCAUGGCUCCCAGCAACCCUCCUCGUCCCGUAUCAUUCGCUUUGAAAACUCUUCCUCCAGCUCUUUCACCGCCCGCGCGCGCAGUCCACCUUCACGUGGGAGCGUUUUACAUGAUAGCCGCUUGCGCACCCUCAACAUGGGCUCCUCAGCAGGUGCCCCGGAUACUGAUCGUAUACCAGACACAAUCGAAGAAUCUCCACGAAUCCCCCAGUCCCCUCCUCCCAUCCUUAUCAACGCCAUCGACCUCGAAGACCUCGAAGAUGAAGAAGAAUACGGCGUACCCAUCGUUCACUCGGCAUCCACGCCGAAUAUCAUGCUCACCACCGACUGCACAGUAGCAGUACCCGCUCAGUUCCCAUUCAGCAUCAACGUGCCACCUCCUCCUGACGAUAGUGUCUUGUCUUCUGAAAGUCGCAUGCGUGGAGACUCCGUAAGCAGCUCGCGCACAACAGGUACUGCGAGUACAUUCACGCAAUCUAGCGCAAGCGACUCACCAUGGCCUCCAACGCCCCACUUCUCUGGCGCCAGUCCCCUAAUCGUGUCUCGUUCCAUGGACACAGACACCAACAUACACGUGGGCAUAGAUGCACUCCCUAUAUCCCCACGUGUUCGCAGAACGCCUUCAGGUUAUGACAUCCCCUCAAUAUCCUCACGAGCAGAGGUAGAAGCGCUCGUUCAGCGGGCGCAGCAGUCUGUGCUUGAUAUGGCUGUUGAUUUGGAAGAGAAUACAAGGAGGGAUGAAGGGACUGGACGAACGCCUUUGAGCUUGAGGUUGGCAAUGUUCGGGGAGAGUCUGGCUAUCGAGAGGAGGAUGAAAGAGGAAGAGGAUGCUGCUGGAAGGGGGGUGAUGGUUGUUGAUGCGGGGACGACACAUAUCCGGAACAGUUUGAGUGUGGGUGAGAGUUCCUUGUUAUCGAGCUCUAGACCCCGGGCUGUGGAGUUGAAUAUUUCGAGGAGUAGCAGUAGGAGUGGCGCAUCCAGUGAGGACACGUCGCUGCAACACAGUAAAUUGAUGGCACCGGAUGAAAUCAGACGAACGGCUUCUAUUGAUUUCAGGCGGACAAUGUCAGAUUCACCCUUUGCCGGCAUCUCGCGAACUUCUGACACUCGGCGUACACGCAGUCCUCCCGUCGCAUCACGACACCUGCCCCUCCAACAUACCCUGCCGCUCCCCAGCCCACACACGCAGAAAUCAUUCGAGACAUUCACGUACACGCCACAGCAGUCGCGUACGCCUGACUCAUGUGAUACAUAUGCAGAUGAAGAUGCAGAACUGACGGGUUUGGGUAUUGGUUUGGGUGUGGGCUUGGGUAUACCGCUCUCACGCAUCUCGACAGCUCCUACUCACGCUGGACGCUUACCCACGACGCGGAACGCAGCAACGACGCACGACGCAUCAAAGACGCGUAACUUAUCACCAUCUAAACGUAAUCCAACGGCAGCACGCAACGCAUCGCCGGCAGCACGGAGUACAUCGUCAGGACCACGUGAAAUAUCAUCAACGCCAGCAACACGGAGCGUGAAUAAGUUAUCUCGGAUGGGGUUCUCGACGUUGGAGGGGUGGCAGCCAGCUUCAAUAACGACGGGUUCGUCGCCUGCGAAGCAGAGAUUUGGGGGAAUACGAACAAUUGUUAGGGGGUUUCAGGGGAAGUAGGUGUGUCCUUGUUGCCUGUAUUCUGUGCUGGAUUUGGACUUGGUGCCCCGUCGUUCCUUAUGCAUAUGCCUGGCAGGCCUCCGUUCAUGGCCAGAGCUUACUUAUUAGACGCUGUGUUGUAUUCUCUGCGUGUUUUGGUUUUCUUGCAUUUUUGAUGUGUAUUAUCCGUCGUCGUCGUCAUUGUUUUUAUUGUUGUUGUUGUUGUUGUUGCUGUAUGGUGCUUGCGAUAACUUAAUUGUGUUUCAUUAACAUUGUAACAUCUGCAUUUUUUGAUACCUGUUUGUAAUUUUAUUGGGUAUGAUUUUAUGGGCGUGAUGAAUUGAUGAGCUUGGAUGUUUGAUCGUGA